GAUCUGCGGGAGCCUCCCUUCACCCCCACUUCUGGGGUCACUGCCGUUUAACUGGGCUUCUGACUCAAGAUUAAAUUCCUUACCUGAGCUGUUCCCCUCUCUCCUCUCCCCCUCCGGGGACAGGGAAACCAGCCUACUGCCCUGUUAAAGGUCUCAAGGAGCUACUGGAUUAUCCCCCCUCCUCCACCAUGGCCACAUCUCUGGGAAACCAGGCCCUCUCCAGAUCCCUCCCCUUCUCUUCAGCCUGAACUGCUGCCCUGUGUGAUCCAGGGAGACCUGACUUAUUCUGUGAUCCUGGACAGCUCCCAGACCCUGUCUGGGUUUGUUCCUCCACCAGGAGAAUGGGGAUGCAUACCAUCUGCCCCUCCCCAUUCAGAGUCCUGACUAAUUUUGGCAAGCACCGGGACCCAUGAGAAAGGGAGGGUAAGACACAGACAGAUUGUCCUGGUAAGAUUCAACCCCUACGUCCCAGCCCUUACGUCCCGGUAUACACCUUCCCAAAGUACACAUCUCUUCUUUCCUGCUGCAGCAAACGGAAAUACUAUGGAAUGAGAAAGCUCCGAUUCACCUCUCUCUUCCCCUUCCAGACUCAGGCAGGCCAGGUUCAAAUGGGCUUUUUUGGGUCGCCCCACUGCCCACUCCUUCCUUAACUGGGGGCUGAUGCCCCACAACCCUCAGGAGAAGAGCCAGGCCUAUCCCCGCCGCCACCUUGGGAGCCACACAGGCCGUAAGAGCCCUGAGGCCGCCGCAAGCGCAGCCAUGUACACCUUCGUGCCUGACAAUUUCUCGCCUUCCAAGCCCAAGCCGUCCAAGGAGCUGAAGCCGCUGCUGGGCUCCGCGGUGCUGGGGCUGCUGCUGGUAUUGGCCGCGGUCGUGGCCUGGUGCUACUACAGCGCCUCUCUACGCAAGGCGGAACGCCUGCGCACCGAGCUGCUGGACCUCAACCGCGGCGGCUUCUCCAUCCGCAACCAGAAGGGCGAGCAGGUCUUCCGCCUGGCCUUCCGCUCGGGAGCGCUGGAUCUCGACUCCUGCAGCCGCGACGGCGCCCGGCUAGGCUGCUCGCGCACAGCCGACGGGUGCCCGCUGCACUUCUUCAUCCAGACUGUGCGGCCCAAGGACACGGUCAUGUGCUACCGCGUGCGCUGGGAGGAGGCGGCGCCGGGGCGCGCCGUGGAGCAUGCCAUGUUCCUGGGAGACGCGGCGGCGCACUGGUACGGCGGCGCUGAGAUGAGGACGCAGCACUGGCCCAUCCGCCUGGACGGCCAGCAGGAGCCGCAGCCCUUCGUCACCAGCGACGUCUUCUCCUCCGAUGCGGCUUUCGGAGGCAUCCUCGAGCGCUAUUGGCUGUCGUCGCGUGCGGCUGCCAUCAAGGUCAAUGACUCAGUGCCCUUCCAUUUGGGCUGGAACAGCACGGAGCGCUCGCUGCGGCUGCAGGCGCGCUACCACGACACGCCCUACAAGCCGCCCGCCGGCCGCGCCGCAGCGCCAGAGCUCAGCUACCGAGUGUGCGUCGGCUCGGACGUCACCUCUAUCCACAAGUACAUGGUGCGGCGCUAUUUCAACAAGCCGUCGAGGGUGCCAGCCCCCGAGGCCUUCCGGGACCCCAUCUGGUCCACGUGGGUGCUGUACGGGCGCGCCGUGGACCAGGACAAGGUGCUGCGUUUGGCCCAACAGAUCCGCCAGCACCGCUUCAACAGCAGCCAUCUGGAAAUCGACGACAUGUACACACCUGCCUAUGGUGACUUCGACUUCGACGAAGCCAAGUUCCCCAACGCCAGCGACAUGUUCCGCCGCCUGCGCGACGCCGGCUUUCGCGUCACGCUCUGGGUGCAUCCGUUCGUCAACUACAACUCGUCGCGCUUUGGCGAGGGCGUGGAGCGCGAGCUGUUCGUGCGCGAGCCCACGGGUCGGCUGCCCGCGCUCGUGCGCUGGUGGAACGGCAUCGGCGCGGUGCUCGACUUCACGCGCCCCGAGGCCCGCGACUGGUUCCAGGGGCACCUGCGGCGGCUGCGCUCGCGCUAUGCAGUGGCCUCCUUCAAGUUCGACGCCGGCGAGGUCAGCUACCUGCCGCGGGACUUCAGCACCUACAGGCCGCUGCCCGACCCCAGCGUCUGGAGCCGGCGCUACACCGAGAUGGCACUGCCCUUCUUCUCGCUGGCCGAGGUCCGCGUGGGCUACCAGUCCCAGAACAUCUCGUGUUUCUUCCGCCUGGUGGACCGGGACUCGGUGUGGGGCUACGAUCUGGGACUGCGCUCGCUUAUCCCCGCGGUGCUCACCGUCAGCAUGCUGGGCUACCCGUUCAUCCUGCCCGAUAUGGUGGGUGGCAACGCGGUGCCUGAGCGCACGGCGGGCGGCGGCGAUGUGCCCGAGCGCGAGCUCUACGUGCGCUGGCUGGAGGUGGCCGCCUUCAUGCCCGCUAUGCAAUUCUCAGUCCCCCCCUGGCGAUACGACGCCGAAGUGGUGGCCAUCGCGCACAAGUUCGCCGCACUGAGGGCCUCUCUCGUGGCGCCGCUGUUGCUUGAGCUGGCGGGUGAGGUCACCGACACGGGCGACCCGAUCGUGCGCCCCCUCUGGUGGAUCGCGCCCGGCGACGAGACGGCGCACCGCAUCGACUCGCAAUUCCUUAUCGGGGACACGCUGCUCGUGGCGCCGGUGCUGGAACCCGGCAAGCAGGAACGGGAUGUCUACCUGCCGGCGGGCAAGUGGCGCAGCUAUAAAGGCGAGCUUUUCGACAAGACGCCCGUGCUGCUCACUGAUUACCCCGUCGACCUGGACGAGGUCGCCUACUUCAUCUGGGCACCCUGACCCAGCCCGGGACCCGGGAACCCCACAGCCCUAACCCCAGUCUUCAUGCGGGCCUUUAACCCUUUAUCACAACCACAUCGUGUAUCCCCAGGAAGUCCCCAUCUCUGUACCACCCACUGACAGGGUGCUAAGGUAAACGUGCCUGAGCCAGCUCCUGCUAGGCCAGGGGAGGGGGCGCUGAAGCAACCUCCCACAACAGCCACAAUCCUAACAGCCCCCUUUCCCUCCACACUCCCUCCAGUCUGCAGAAACCUCUUCCCUGGGGUGGGGGUGAAAGCUCAGAGGAAGGUGGUCAGCUCUCUUCCUGCUACACACGGGUGAGUUUUAAAAGCACAAAGAGAAAACGCCCUUCAUCCUGGCCUGCAGGGCCAUCUUUGUCCUUCUGAGGUGGAGACUUGAUCCUCCUUAAGGUCUAAAAUAGCCCUCACCACAUUUAGAAAUGGCAUGUUCUUGGUGUUGGAAGCCAGGCCCUGAGUUCCCAGUGCUGGCCUGAACUGUGGCUGACCUGGUUCCACCCCAGCUGGGGAGAAGGGAUGGAGGUGCUUGGCCAACUGACAAGGAGGCAGGAGGUCCCCUCCUAGAAGACAGGAGGACUGGGCUCAGCACGGAGCCGUCAUUGUUGUCCCUCAUUUGUGAAGAGACUCCUAACACUGCACUAACCUGUCUGUGUACACACAGGGGCUCAGCCCUGGGCUGGGCCAUGGCCUGAUGGGCAAGCACUUGCAAGGCCAUGCAGGCCAGACUUGGUGCCUUAACUCAAGGACCUGUGUGUAUGUGUGUGUGUGUAUGUGUGUGUGAGUGUGUGUGUGUGUGUGUGUGUGUGAUGAGACAGAGAGAGAGGCACCAUGUGUCCCUGGAUCUAUGGAAUGAACACAAUACACCUAAGGCUGGAUAAGCCUGGAGGAAGGAGGCAGGGAGCAAAUUCAAGGUUUUGAUUGUUGAGUUGCAGCCCCCCUCCAGGUGAUGUCCCUGGGACUCUGGCAGGAAAUAAACAGUCCUUCCAAGAUUCCUCAGCUGCCUACUCCCUGCACACGUGGCAAGGGUGUGACCUAAAAGCGAGCGACGGUCUUAUUCCGAUGGUGGUAUGCUUCAGCAUAGGAACUACUCGCACACAUCGACACCUGCAAAUACACAUACACGGUAAGGUCACUCAGCCAUUUUCCCUUUCUGAGAAGCACAACCUUGGCCAGAGUGAGUUUUUCCUGACUUUGUAGCUGAGUCGGGGGAAGGAGUGGCUGCCGGAAGGGGAGGUGGGAAACAGGGUAGGGCUCAGCUUCCCUGGACAGCUUGGACAGCAGAACCAGUCCCUCACCCCCUAGAGAAUGCAUCCCUUUGCCCACUCCUCCACCCGCUCUAUUUUCUCAGUGCGAAGAAUGCCUAGUGAAGGUUUGGGUGCACUCACAGAUGCCCAUCUCGAGUGCUGAUUCUACCCCUCAUCUACAAGCUGUGUGACCCUGAGCAAGCUGCUUAACCUUGCUGAGCCUCAGUUUCCUCAUAUGUAAACUGGUGAUAAUAAUGCCUACCUCCCAGGUUGUUGUGGGAAUUAUAAGCACAGAUGUAUGCCAAGUGCCUGGCACAAGUAGGUGCUCAAUAAAAGGUAGCU